GUUGUCACUACUGUGGGUGUGGAUUGGAUUCUGCGCAGGUGCAAGUGCAAAACAAUAACGACGCGGAUGAAAAAGCAAAACAGAAAUGUAGCUCAACAACAGGAACAGUAUGUAAAGCUUUCCUGAUAGGUGAGCAUCCAGCCCAGGGGAACUUGAGACAGGCCUCUUGAGGGGGAAAAAGAUGAACAGGGACAUCCCCAUCCACAGCUGGCCCGGGUCAUACUACAUCAACAGUGAGAAGCGAUGGGUGAGCGGCACCCUGUCCCUGACCCGGACCACCCUACGCUUCACCCCUGACCAGGGCGAGGGCAGCCUGGCCAGCCUCCGCCUCUCACGCAUCAUGGAGAUCAAGAUGGAGUCAUCAAGCUUCAUUUUCAGCACCCUCACCGUGCUGGAAGAGGGUAACAUCAAACAUUGGUUCGGCUCGCUGCGGCCCAACCGCGUGGUAGUCUACAACGUGCUGGAGCACUUCUGGAGGGAGAGGCUGCUGUCACCCAAUGGAGCCCAGGCAUCUGAGACAAAGCCGGGCAAAGGGAGGGAACUGAUUGGGCUGGUGGCAGGGGCGCAGCGGAGGCUCGAGGACGCAGGAAAAGUGCUGAGCCACCAGGGGGAGCAGUUCGAUAACAUCAUGCAGGGGCUGGACAAGAUCGAGUCUGAUUUGGGCGUGGCAGACAAGCUGCUGUUAGAGCUGGAGUCCCCUCCAUGGUGGCCGUUCGGGAAGAUGCCCUGGAAGAGCCAGCAGGAUGCCAAGAGCGAAGAGGCUGCCAGGGCCCAGGCCUCGUCCUCCGGCCCCCAAGGGCCCGGGAGGCAGGGCGUGAUCACCUGCAUCCCGGCCAUCGUCUCCCGGGGCGGGGACUCGGACCUGCGGCCGGGCUCGCUGACGGUGCUGGUGUCCUCGCUGGAGGUGCGGGAGGGCGGCGGGCGGCUCCUGCACCGCUUCGAGCGGGAGGAGGUGGACGACGUGCGCGUGCACAGCCCCUACGAGCUGAGCGUGCGGCAGCGCUUCAUCGGGAAGCCCGACGUGGGCUUCCGGCUGCUCUCCGCCAAGCUCCCCGAGGUGCUCCCCCUGCUGGAGAUGCAGUACAAGAAGAAGGUGGAGUACACCGCUGAUUACGCCGCUUUCCAGACCACGCCCGCCACGUCGCCCUGCGACCCCGACGGCGGCUCAGUGUGGAGCGCAGCAACAGGCUUCAUUCAGCGUUGCCAGGAGACAGAGGUGCCUAUGGAGGUGCCUGCAGGUGACCUGGCCCAGCUGAAGGUGCAAGUCCUGCAGCCGACGGUGACAGAUUCAGAGGCUCAGGAGCUGAAGCAGAUGCUGAUGCAGCUGAAGACCCUGGCCCUGGAGGCCGAGACGGAGCUGGAGCGUCAGGAUGAGGCGCUCGACGCCAUCGCCAGUUCUACUGACCAUGCCACCAUGCACAUCGACAAACACACUCGCCGCAUGAGGAAGCUGCUGUAAGCCCCAUAACCUCCCCCCCCCCCAAAAAAAAUGUAUGUAUAUAUAUAUAUAUAUAUAUACCCAGAACUUUGUGUGUCACAGUGCCUCCCGCUUCUCCCCCCCUGCACCCAAAUGAAACGUGUGGCUUUGCAACAGAAUGUCCCAGAUGCAGACAAACCCCCUCCUGUCACUGUGUGCAGUUCCCCUCAGCGCUAUUAAAAAGCACAGCUAAGCAGUUGAAAGAGCAGCCUUUUGAACUGCAGUUAGCAGACCUGAGUUAUGUCAGGUCACUGGCUACGCCAUUCCUAGGCCAUAUAAAUGCUAACGUGCUAAUUAUUAUGUUUGAGAAAAGCUGGUGGGUCUGAGCUGAUAGGAAGCGUUAUUACAGGAACAGGAUGAUGGCUGUUGAAGUACUCAGCAGCGGUGUUGCAACCUGGAUUGGGAGCAGCGGAUGUAUGUAGGUUUAUGAAAAUAAUUCUAUUUCAAUUAAUGCUUUUUAAAGAUAUUUUUACCUUUAGUCUCACCUUUAGUUUGGCAGUUGUGAUACAUGCAGUAUGUCCAGCGGAGUAGAAAAUAGAGCACAUUGUGAGUGAAUUGGAGAAGUCCGCCUGUUUUAGCAGCAUUUCCUUUCGGGCAGCUGUUAGUGAAACAGUACCAGCUCAGUCAAUGAGUCAAUACAAUGUAGAAAAAAGGGGAAUAUAUUGUUCAGUAAAGCCAAAUGAAGUCUGUCUUACCAACCGCAAAUAAAUGGCACCCAUUCUCUGACCAGGGGUUCUGUCAGAUGUCUGUACUGUAUCAAACUCCAGAUUGUGUUUCGCUUGUAAAUUCACCUCUGCUGAUGGGAUUCAUACCAGCCGAAGUGAAAUAUGUUGUCAUCUCGCUUAGUCAUUUGAAUGUUUCAGUGAAUCAUGGUGAGAGAAUAAAAAAAGUUAUUUAAAAAAUAGAUAAAAAGAUAUCAGCAUAAGCAUAAGAUCCACAGAUGAUGAAAGGGAGAGAGGGCUGUGAAAUGUAGAUUUUCUGAUUCAGAUAUUUAUUAAAAGUCUGUAGUAAUAUUUAUUUUUACAUGUAUAGCUGAAUAGUGAAAUGUACUGCACAGUUUGGGAAAUUAACAGGCAGAUGCACUAAACAGACUUUGUGUUGCUACUUGUGAGAGACAUCUGUACAAAAGGUGAAUGUUGUGUCACUCCUCUUUUAGUUGUCAUUCAGCUUGUACAUAGCUCUCACAUCAGAUAUACUGUGCACAGCUAUUUAAAACGCGAUCAAGUUGCAUCUUGUUGGCUACUAAUGUAUUGCUCGUGGUGGUUGUACUGCAAUUUUUAUACACAUGCUAAGAAUCAGUAGUUUCCAUAAUCCUAAUUGCAGGUAUUUUUAAUUUUACAUAUUUACUUUCCCAAAGGUACUGUACUGUAACAUAUUUAGAUACAAAGAGGAAAGUGAUGGUUGCUUGUACAAAGCUUGUAAAUGCAAAUAAUUUUGAUCCUCUAGUUGUAAUCUGACAUGUGCCAACUGUUCUCAUCUUCUUAAAAUGUUAACAGAGUCAACAAAGAAUUGAAAAGAAAAGAAAAAUUAAAUGUGUUCCCAAUGACAAAAAAAACCUCAAAACAAAACGAAAAACAAUAGCAGCAAAGAUGGCUCUUCUUUCAAUGCAUUCUUUACAGAACUGAGAAAAGACUGACGAGCAUUGUGGACCAGAAAAUGGCUGUCUUUACCGAUGACUGAAAAACAAUAUACCCCCCAAAAAAAGAAUCCGACCUAGAAACAAUAGAAGCUGUCAUGUGAAAGUACUGCCCUUAAUUAUCACUGAAAUCUGUACUGACAGUUGAGUGGGAGGCUUGUUUUUCUUUGUGAAGUUGAAUUUAGAUUACAGCAUUAUGGCUUUGCUGAUUUGAGCCCAAGCUAGCUUAUUAAAAUUCAGGUUGAACCCCACCACACUGCUCUCCCAGUGUCCCCCAAAUUUCCCUCAAUCAUGUUGUUUUUGUGUAACAUUUUUGCUGCCCUGGUGAUAGAUUUAAAAAAAAAAAAAAUUUUAAUUUCUUUUUAAUACUGUCGAUAUUUUAAUACUGUUUUUUGCCCAAAAUGUUCAAAUCAUCACCACCACAAGUUCCAAUACAGAACACUAGUUCUUUGUCUAAUUUUGGUUGGUACCUUGAAACUAUCCAAAAUUAGAUACAGAAAGCUUUCAAAAUACAUUAUUGCAGCUUUUUGGUCACUGCUGUUAAACUUCCAAAAUAAUUGGGGACAUUGAUUCAGCUGUAUACAGCAUAGAAAAUGUGGUCUACUGCACAUAGAAGAACAGGUUAAGAUUGUUUUUUGGUUUUGCUGGAAAUUGAAUCAGACUGUACUUUGGGCCUUACAGUAAUAUUUCACAGGAGCUGCAUGGGGUGCAAAGACGCAGUCAUGGAGACUGACUCAUGAGUUUCAAUAUCUAAACUUUUCCUGACCCAUCUGGGAAAAAAAAGCUAAAUGUUGUUGGAAGACCUCAGUCACUGCAAAAAAUACUGGCAGGCCACAAUGUUGAUUCGUUCUUGUUCCAAUCUGGAUGACCGUUCAAUACUAGGGAACUAGUGGACGUGAACGCUGAUGCAAUCUGUUUAUUCUCUGAGAAUGGAGGAGACCCCCAUUUGCUAGCUCACGCAGGUGUACUGGAAUGAAACUCAUUUGUUUAUUUAGCCUCCCAGGGUAGUCGUGGGAAAGGACUCUGUGAAUUGUCAGAAAUGUAAAAAAGAAAAAAGUUAUUUAUACAUUGCGUCUUAUUUAAAUGUUGUAUUUAUUUAAAUCGUCUAUGAAUCUUUAUGAAUAUGAUUUUAGGUGUUUAGAUGAUUUUAGGAUGUUACUUUUUCCAAAAUAAUUGAAAUGUUAUUUUUUAAUAAUUCUGUUGAGUAUUACUGUGGACACUACUUUGUUUAGCCUUUUUAGCAUUUUGUGUAUGAAGCGGUGGUUUGUGAAGGACGGACUAUUUCAUAGUUUGGACCUGUAUCUGAUGCUGCUCUUUGUUCUCAAAUGAUCAGAAACGUCCUGUUCAAAGGAAAGAGCAAAGCAACUUAAACUGCUUCGUAACAGGUUUAACAUAGUACUUCAGCUUUAUGUCAGUUUCAACAGCAAAAUAAAACACAGUGGGUUUCUGUGAUUAUAAAUAAUUUCCUCAAGUUUAUUGACUAGGUCUUCACAUAAGAUGAGGCGACCAUUCUGUAAGGAGAAACAAGAGGAGCAGUAAUGUCAAACGUUUGGGGUCACACAGCCUAGCAUUGGUAGACACAAGUGAUGUCUGUCACCCAUUGGGCCUUGAUGCCAGCUGCUGUUCCCUGGGGCACAAGCUUGGUUUGCAAUGGACUGGGAGUUCUGUAACAUUUUAGAAUGAUCAAAUAGCUCAUCUACCCCCCCCCCCCCCCCCCAAGAGCACACCAUGGUCAAUCCAGUUAAACCGCCCCCCUCGCUCACUUGUCUUUAUGAAGCGCAUUUAUUAUUUUCCAGUUCCAGUUGGCAUCCCUCCCAGCUAUCCCAGCCUGGUACCCUUUGCUUUGGAAAUGUAGCAUGCCUUGGUGUUGAAUACCGAUGUUUUGUCUGUCCCUUGUAGAACCAUACUUUGUUGAAAGGAAAUGCUAUGUUAAAAGUUCCAGGUCAUAGGGCACCACGUUAUUAAUGAAUUGAUUCUCUAGGCAAACCUCAGUCAGUGUUUCCACUUGACAAAUUACAGCCUGUAGAAAGGCACACAUGAUGUGAUGUAACUAAAGGGAGUUUGUUUGCACUGCAGUGAUAUUUCUCAAGUGUUGUCACUGUUAAUUUCAUUAUUUGACUUGUCCUUCAGAUUUUUGGUGCAUACAUUGUUGAUUAUAACCUCUACCAAAAGUAAUGUGUAACUAUUGCCAGUGUGACCAUUAAUAAACUGUAUAAUGCACUUAA